UUUUCACAUGAUCUUAUCUGACUUUUAAUGAGGUUUUCCCCUUACUUUAUUGGUCUGUGGGGGCACUUUCCAUUAUCUAUUCCCAUUGUUCUGCUAAGGGAAGCGUUUGCUUGUGUGAUAUACUAUAUUUAUACAUAGUGUGUGCCAACCAAGCUAAAGAAGUUAGAACGGUAAGUACCCUGACACACUGUAAGACUGUAAAAGCGCGUGGAAGAGCCAGGGCUCCUUUCUCUCGAGCUCUUCCGCAGCACCAGUGUGACGAUGUCGCGAGGAGCGCGCCGCGUGUCAAAGACUGCGGCGCGCGCCGCGGUCACGGCCGCCGUCCUCGCGCUUCUCCUCGCCGCCAUUGCCGUAAUCGCUGUGCACCAAGGAAAGUGGAAGCGGGACCCACCUGAGGGGCGUCCCGUCGUCGUCACCGCGGUCCUGUCUGAGGCGCCGCCGAACAUGAGGCUGCCCAAGAGCCUGAUCCCGGACAGGUACAGAGUUUACCUUCAGGUUCACCUGGACAGCAAGGCGAGCAACGUGACGAGGGAAACGUUCACUUUCAGCGGAAACUCCACUGUGAAAUUCAAGUGCACGGAGGCCACGGCAUGGAUCUACAUCCACUGCAAAGAUCUCAAUGUAACUUUCCUGCGUGCGAUGGAUGAGAAGCAGUCGACCGUAGAGGUGAAAAAUGUCACAGUGAAAAAAGAUGAGAGCAAUUUUUUAGAAAUUGAACUUAGAGACACACUGAGAGCUAAUGAGACCUAUUACCUUAUUACUGCUUUUAGUGGGCCGCUGGUUCAUGACUCAGCUGGUCUUUACAUUAUUGAAUACAGAGAAAAUGAGGGCAGUCAAAGAUACCUUGCAACUAGCCAUAUGCAGCCUACAGAUGCUCGAAAAGUAUUUCCAUGUUUUGAUGAACCACAUAUGAAAGCUGUGUUUGAAGUCACCAUAAUCCACAGAAAGGAUACUAUAGCACUUACCAACGCAGCUCAGAAAGCUCAAGCGGAAAUUAACAUUGAAGAUGAAGCAUGGUUAAUCACUGAGUUUUUUCCAACUCAGCAUAUGUCAACAUAUCUCUUAGCCUUUACAGUCUUUAAUUAUGAAGCCAAAAUGACUGACUAUGGGAGAUAUGUAAUUAAGACAUGGGGCCCACCUGAAGCUAUUGUGGCUGGGCAUGCAGAUUAUGCACAUAGAAUUUCUGGACAAAUCCUCAAAUUCUUUGAAGAUCAUUAUGAUAUGAAGUAUCCAUUGCCUAAACUUGACCAAGUUGCUGUGGCAAAAUUAGCAGGCAAUGCUAUGGAGAAUUGGGGUUUGGUAAUGUACAACAAAAAAGCAAUUCUAUAUGAAGAGGGUGUUUCUACUACAACAGAAAAAGAGAACAUUGCUGCAGUAAUUGCUCAUGAACUAGCCCAUCAGUGGUUUGGAAACCUUGUCACAAUGAAAUGGUGGAAUGAUUUGUGGCUCAAUGAGGCAUUUGCAACAUAUUACUCAUACCUUGGAGUGGAUGGAGUGGAGCCAGCCUGGAAUUUUAAAGAUUUAAUAAUUAGUAACGAAGUUCAGUAUAUGCUACAGUUUGAGUCUCUGGACAGUUCUCGUCCCAUAAUCAAAGAAGAAGAUGAAGUGCAAAGCCCAGAAGAUAUCGCUGAACAAUUUGACAUCAUCACUUACAAAAAGGGAGCAUCAAUACUGAACAUGCUGUCAGAUUAUUUAUCAGAGUCAGUCUUUGAAAAUGGCCUGAAGUCAUAUUUAAAGGCUUUCAAGUAUAAGAAUGUAGACUCCAGGGACCUAUGGGAUCACUUACAGAAGGCAACAAAUGACAGCAACAAAAAUAUACAAGUGGCAGAAAUGAUGGAGAGUUGGACUAAGCAAGAGGGCUAUCCCGUAAUAACCAUUAACACCAGUUCUGGAGAAGUAUCUCAAAGACAUUUUCUUCUCAACCAAUCUGCCGAACAAAAUCUUACGUGGCACGUUCCGAUAAAAGUGAUGAAGUCUGGUUUAAGGGAAGUAAAGCUGGACCUGCUGACUGUAAAAGGUCCAGUUUCAAAGCCAACGUAUAAAUCCAGAGAAGAAGAAUGGAUCCUAGCCAAUGUCAACAGUACUGGAUAUUACAGAGUUAACUACGAUCUUGAGAACUGGAGAAGAUUGGUAAUGCAGCUUGAAACUCAGCACCAGGAGAUUCCAGUCAUCAGCAGAGGGCAGCUGAUUGAUGAUGCAUUUAAUCUUGCAGUAGCCAGACAGAUCAACUUCACUUUGGCACUGGACACAACCAAGUUCCUACGAAAGGAAACCGAAUUCAUUCCAUGGAACUCUGCCAUAAAAUCAUUUCAGUAUUUGAAACACCUACUGGAUUUUACUGAGGUGUCUAGCCCCAUGAAGGCAUACAUAAGGAAACUUGUCGCUCCACUUUAUGACCAUUUUGAAGCUUGCACUGUUAAUUCAACAGUCCCAGACAGCCUGACUGCACAGUACAACCAGAUUAAUGCAGUCACCCUUGCCUGUAGCAAUGACGUUACCAAGUGCCACAAGAUGGCAACUGAUGCCUUCAACAAAUUGGAAAAGAACCCUGAUUCAGAAUGGAUUCAUCCAAACUUGAAAAGAAGAAUCUACUGCACUGCCAUAGCAGCAGGAGGAGAGAAGGAAUGGGACUUUGCUUGGGAGAUGUUUCAGAAUACCAAAAGUAUGACUGAAAAAAAAGAUUUACUGUCAGCUCUGGCUUGCACUAAGCAAACCAGUCUUUUAAAAAGGUACCUUGAAUACUCCCUGGACCCAGACAAGAUAAAGAAGUCUGAUUUCUUUUCCAUCAUCCAAUUCAUUGCCACAAAUGCUGAUGGGCAGCAGUUAGCGUGGGACUUUAUCCAAUCCAAGUGGGAAUACAUUAUCCAAACAUAUGAAGAAGAAGAAGUUCCAGUGAUUGAUCUAAUUCAUGGAGUAACACAGAGAUUCUCCUCAGAGGCUAAACUGGAAGAGAAUGUCCAACAUUCUUCUCUUCCCAUCUGCGUCUUGAUUCAGCUCAGGCAGUUCCUGAAGAACCAGGGGGAGGAAGCCAUCCCUUCUGUCGUGUGGGCCCUGGAGUCCGCCAUCGAAAGUACACAAUUUAACAUCCAGUGGGUGCAGGAAAACAAGCAGAAUUUUCUGGACUGGUUUCACAGAGAGUCUGUAGCCCAUUAAAAUUCAUCACUUUUCCAAAGGAAAUGAACAAAGAAUGCCUGCAAUGAGAAACAGAUGGAGUGGCGUGGAAUGAUGUUGAAACAAUGUGUUCUGUAAAGAACGCUAAACUCUGCGAGGUCCUGUUUCCUAGACACAUAAUUUUCAAUACAACAAGAGCAGAGUUCUUUUUGCAUCUUUAAUGAUAAUGUUUUAUACAUUGAACAGUGCAGUUGUAUUGAAGUACUGUAUAGUAUGCUAAGUGACUAUGUCACUAUUUUUAAAAAGAAAACUAUUAACUAUUAACUUUUGCAUUAAAACCAGUGUAUUAAUCUUGAAGGUAUUCUUUUAUGCAAUUUUUUAGGAUGUGUAUUACAUCAUUACUAUCUCAGGUACAUGAAUUAUAUAAUCUUGGUACAGAGAACAAUUGUAGUCUUGCCUUUCUGUUUAGAUUUAUAGCUGCAGUAGACAGAUGCAAACGGGUGAUCUCCUACUUACAUGAAAGACAAAAUUUUUUUAAAAAUUCUGUAAACAGUACAAAACUGAAUAUAAUGUUCGAGAGAAAUGAAAACCAUA